AUGCUAUCCAAAGUUUCAACGCCUUUAUGUAAACAUUGCAUGUGCAACUCGGCUCGCUUUGGCCCUCAAGUAGCGCGCCGAUACACUUCACGGGCAAAGCCUUCGACAACGCAGCAUCAAGACACUCAGCAAAGUUCACGCUUAGAAAACAACGAAUCUCAACCCACCGGAGAUGGCCAUGCUUCUAAAUCAGAACCCGGGGCAAUGACUCGGAGGCUGCAAGAGGCAACUGAAGAGGCCUUGUUCAGCGGCGGCUCAGCCGGCAGACGUGCCGUGCAGGAUGCGGGAUUCUCUGAAGAGUUGAAGGAAAGGCUGCUGAACAAGAUUGCAGAUGCAAAAUUCCAGCAUGACCAUUCAAGUGUUCUGACUACAAAGGAUCUUUCUUCUGCGGCGGGUGAAGGGACGAGGCAUAUUGCUGCUGCUGCGCCGUGGACGGGGGAAGAAGACGCGGCGGAUACGGUGUUGAGGAUGUUGGAUGAUGCGAAGAAGCCGCUGAAGCCAGAGUUUAGGGGCACUUUUCAGCCGCCUGUUGUUGAUCCGCGGAUUCGACGGGCUCCUGUGGUGCAUCCUCGCCAGAGGGUGGUGAAUGCUCGAGAGAGGGCAUCUGUUUACACCGGCAUGGGCCUGAAGGAGGAUAAAGGCCUAAGCGAUAAAGAGAAGGAAGAGAUGAGAAAGGAGUUUCGAUCGAGGUUUGAGCCGACUGCGCGUGCCAUGCCGGCAACGCCAUCAGGGCUGGCAGCAUUGGCCAAUGAGCAAAUUGAGAAUGCCAUUGCCAGGGGCAAGUUUAAGAACAUUGCUCGCGGUAAGGGGGUAGAGAUUGAUCUCGCGAGAAGUAAUCCGUUUGUCGACACGACGGAGUUUCUCUUGAAUAGGAUCAUCCAGCGGCAGGAGAUUGUACCGCCGUGGAUCGAGAAGCAGCAGGAGCUAGCGAAGACAGCGCAUACGCUUCGCUCGAGACUUAGGACUGAUUGGUUGCGCCAUGUUGCGAGGAUGAUUGCUUCGAAGGGGGGUUCGUUGGAGGAGCAGAUGGCUAGGGCGGAUGAUUAUGCUGCGGCGGAGAGGCUGCAUAAUCCUAAACAAGGGGCGGCAGCAGCAGCAGCAGAUGCGAGUAUUAAGCCAGAGCAGGAAACUGCACAGACUACUACUAAUGAGCUGGAUUUAAGACCGCUGCCAAGGCCAUUUCGCGAUCCGGACUGGGAAAAGGCAGAGCAUGCGUAUUUGAACCUAUCGAUAGAGCAACUGAACAGCAUCACGAGGAGUUACAACCUGAUGGCUCCCGAGCUGGCCAAGAAGCCGUAUUAUUCUCUGCAGCGAGAAUUGGAUGCUUGUUUUGCGGAUGUUGCGCCUUUGGUUUCCAAGGAGAUUAAGGAUAGGGCUACGGCGCCACGGGCUACUACCAAAUUGACGUCUAAGCCGUCUCCGUAUUCGGGAGAGGGAAUUAUGAGUGGGUUGACGGGGAAGGAUAGCGUAAAAAUUUAUGAUACGAGGGCGCAGCCGUAUGGGUUUAAGGAGUGGUGGAAGGAUGUGUGGAGGAAAGAGUAG